AUGGGUAACUGUUGGUUCAGGUGGGAGCCUUCAGUUUACAGAGUCUCUUCCAAUGCAAAGUCAGAGUCCCCAAAAGACCAGAGCCCCUCAGUGAAUCCUAGGGAAGAUGAUAGUAAGUUACCAUCGAAUCCUGAAGAGGUUGAGAUCCUACGCCGUGAUUCAGCUGCAAAUCCUUUGAUUGCAUUCACAUUCAGUGAGCUAAAGAUAAUCACUGGAAAUUUUCGGCAAGAUCGCAUGUUGGGUGGUGGAGGAUUUGGAAGUGUGUAUAAAGGGUUCAUCACUGAGGAUUUAAGAGAGGGGAUUUCCCCCCUUGCUGUAGCUGUUAAAGUUCACGACGGUGAUAACAGCUAUCAAGGACACAGAGAAUGGCUGGCAGAAGUCAUAUUUUUGGGGCAGCUUUCUCAUCCAAAUUUGGUAAAGCUCAUUGGAUAUUGCUGCGAGGAUGAACAGCGGGUGCUGAUAUAUGAGUAUAUGGCUCGGGGAAGUGUGGAAAACAAUUUAUUUUCAAGAGUGCUGCUUCCUAUGCCUUGGUCCAUACGGAUGAAGAUUGCAUUUGGUGCAGCUAAAGGACUUGCCUUUCUCCAUGAAGCUGAGAAACCUGUUAUCUAUCGUGAUUUUAAGACGUCUAAUAUUCUGUUGGAUCUGGACUACAAUGCAAAGCUCUCUGACUUUGGCCUUGCGAAAGAUGGACCAGUGGGAGACAAAUCUCAUGUUUCUACACGCAUAAUGGGGACAUAUGGAUAUGCCGCACCUGAGUAUAUCUUGACAGGCCAUCUAACUCCCAGAAGUGAUGUUUAUAGCUUUGGUGUUGUUCUUCUCGAACUGCUGACUGGAAGAAAAUCUUUAGACAAGUCACGGCCAGCCCGGGAACAAAACCUUACUGAUUGGGCUCUCCCCAUGCUCAAAGAGAAGAAGAAAUUGCUCAACAUCAUUGAUCCGAGACUAGAAGGAGAUUAUCCUAUUAAAGGAGUUCAUAAGGCAGCCAUGCUAGUUUAUCAUUGCUUGAACCGAAACCCAAAAGCAAGGCCUCUAAUGCGAGACAUUGUAGACUCUUUGGAACCUCUGCAGGUCCCUGAGGAAGUUUCUGCCGAAAAAACUAUAAUAGAGGUUAGCCAGUUUCCGAAUGCUGAAACUAAAACGAAAGAAGAUUCACUGUAA